AUUGGUUCAUACUACUGUCAGUCUUUGAAGGCAGAAAAACGGUUAACGCGCGUUCAAGGGGAGAGACUCGUUGACCGAAAAUUAUGGAAGUGAAUCGUUCACUUACAAGAUUCAUUCAAAAAACACUGAUUCCUUCGCAACAGAGACAACACUACAGGCGGUGUGAGCUGAAGGCAGCCACAUGCGGCAGUGAAUGAGAGUGAGAGUGAGAGUGAGAAGCACCAAAAUAUCAUCCAGCUCAUGUCAAAACGGAAUCAGCGACACAAAAAACGCCGAACAGCGGCUCAGCCAUGGCCUUUUAACAGCGGUCCCAUCGAGCGCGUGGAGUCGCAGCGCAAUCCCCGUAUAUCUGGCGCUGCUACUAGGGGAAAAUCCGCUAGUCGGUUUAGCUUGUGAUAGAUAGACUGGCCGUUGUGCUGGGAGAUUUCCAUCCAUGGCUCUGGUAACCCUGCAGCGCUCGCCCACUCCCAGCGCGGCGUCCACUUCCAGCACCGCCACCACCAACGCGGGGGAGGACUUUGGAAGUGAUGAUGAGCGCCGGCUAAAUCAGAGUCUAAGCGAGAGCUUCUUCAUGGUUAAGGGGGCCGCUCUGUUUCUGCAGCAGGGCAGUUGUCCACAGAGUCAGAAGGGUCAUCCUCACCACAAACAUGCAGGUGACUUACCUCAGCAUCUGCAGGUGAUGAUCAACAUUCUUCGCUCUGAAGAUCGCAUCAAACUGGCGGUGCGGUUAGAGAGCGCGUGGUCGGACCGUGUGCGGUACAUGGUGGUAGUCUACACAAAUGGCCGUCAAGACACUGAGGAAAACAUCUUGCUGGGCAUGGACUUCAGCAACAAAGACAGUAAGAACUGCUCUGUUGGGAUGGUGCUGCCACUGUGGAGUGACACCAAGAUUCAUUUAGACGGUGAUGGGGGCUUCAGUGUGACUACCGCCGGGCGCACGCACAUCUUCAAGCCCGUGUCAGUCCAGGCCAUGUGGUCAGCAUUGCAGAUUUUACACAAGGCAUGUGAGGUGUCUCGAAGGUACAACUAUUUCCCCGGUGGCAUGGCGCUCACAUGGAUGGGGUACUACGAGAGCUGUAUCGGCUCUGAACAGAGCUGCAUCAAUGAGUGGAACGCCAUGCAGGAUCUGGAAACACUGCGACCAGACUCUCCUGCAGUUUUCAUUGACAAGCCAACAGAGAGGGAGAGAACAGAAUGUCUAAUCAAAGCCAAACUCAGGAGUAUAAUGAUGUGCCAGGACCUUGAAAAUGUCACGUCCAAAGAGAUUCGUAAUGUGCUGGAGCAACAGAUGAACCGCAACCUGAAAGAGUACAAAGAGUUCAUUGACAAUGAGAUGCUGCUUAUUCUUGGGCAGAUGGACAAAGCCACGCUCAUCUUUGACCACCUCUAUCUGGGUUCUGAAUGGAAUGCUUCAAAUCUAGAGGAGCUUCAGGAAACUGGGGUGGGCUACAUCUUAAAUGUUACGAGGGAAAUAGAUAACUUUUUCCCAGGAACUUUUUGUUACCACAACGUCCGAGUGUAUGACGACGAGACCACAGACUUACUGGCCCACUGGAACGAAACCUACAACUUCAUUGUCAAAGCAAAAAAGAAUCAGUCCAAAUGCUUGGUUCACUGCAAAAUGGGCGUUAGCCGCUCGGCAUCAACGGUAAUAGCAUAUGCCAUGAAAGAGUAUGGCUGGUCUCUGGAGAAAGCGUAUGACUUCGUCAAACAGAAGCGCAGUAUCACCCGUCCCAAUGCCAGCUUCAUGAGACAGCUGGCAGAGUAUGAAGGCAUACUGGAUGCCAGUAAGCAGCGUCAUAACCGACUGUGGCACCCUGAUUCAGAUUGCGAUCACCCUGAUUGCCAGCAAGCUGCUGUCCCUUGCUGUGUGAACUCCGAGACUGUGGAUCAUGCCACCCCAGAGCCCACGAACCCCCGAGUCACCGUAUGCUGCGAACCUACCGCCCACUCCUCUCCAAUUAGCCUAGAUCUGGACCCCAGUCACCCUCAAAACUACCACUAUUACUUCCGUCGCCUGUCAGACUCGGCCCUCGACAGUGACCCUUCCACACCGAUCCAUGCACCGCCUCUGGUGGAUGUAGAUCGCGUCUACAUCGAGGUUGCAGAUGUGGAGCAAGAUGCGCUCCUCGACGAUGAACCCUUCGAGGGGCGCGAGGGUCUUCCUUUACCACACUUCGGUGUCCCAGGAGAGGGCACAGCCGCUCAGACCUGUUCUCGAGGGGCGGAGCCUCUGGAGGAACUACGUCUGCGGCUGGAGUUCAGUACGGUGGAGGAGGAGGAUGAAGAGGAGGCUCAGAAAGAGCAAGCAGAAAUGGAGGCGUUAGCAGAGGGAGCGAAGAGAGGAGAUGGGAAUGAUAGUGAAGAGUUGUCACAUGAAAAGGGGAUUGAUCUCGCAAGCCUAAACCAUCUGUGCAACGAGAACUCCAACAACAACAACCACCUCAAAACGCAACAAAAUCUUACUGAAAGUGCCCAUCUGAAGCAGCAUUGUUCUGGUUCAUCGUUCGCUUCCAAGCCCACCCAGAGUGCUCUGUUGGAGGCAAACAGACGAGGCCUUGCCCCUUUACCCCUCAACAGUGUGCCCAGUAUCUCAAUUCAGACGCCACCCUGUGCCAACUUGUCCGUGACAGCCAAGUGUGGCAAACUUGCCUCAGAUCCGUGCCUUGAUGCCAAUGCAAUGCCCUUAGGGCAUAAAGAUAAGCCAGAAAGCAAAUCUCUUGACCAUGAAACUGAUAACCGGACAAUGCUGCUUGAAGCCAAAGGGGAAGGAGAUUCCAGGCAGAAAGAGAGUGAUGCACAGGGUUCCUCAGCUGUACUCGGGAACGAAAGAGAGAUUAAGGGUUUGGAGAAGGCAGAGGCGUCUUGUUCUGUGCAACAGCAAGAGACUCUGGUACAGCUGCAACGCUCCGGUCUCGUUCGCCGGCGAAAAGAGCGCUUGGAAAAACUUUCCGGUCUCUUUCAGGAGCGUGCACGUGCAAAUGAGCAACGGGGAGCCAGUUCAAGCAAAACUGAGGAUGCAACGAACAAUUCCAGUGAUUCAACCGACCCUUUCCACAGGCCCUUUGGAGCACGGGCAGAUUUUGCUACCGAAGCGGCGGUGCCGCUGACGAACGAGGCCUUGUUGGCAGUCCUUGGUUCGGGCGGCUUGACGCCGGUCUCGUCCCCGCACGGUUCCACGCUCACUCGCAGCUCCAGCAGCGACAGCCUCCGCAGUGUCCGUGGUAAACCGGGCCUUGUGCGCCAACGUACGCAAGAAAUCGAAGCCCGUAUGCGACUUGCAGGGCUUACUGUACCUUCUCGACUGAAACGCUCCAACUCGCUCGCCAAACUAGGCAGCCUAACCUUCUCAUCCGAGGAUUUGUGCUCGGCAUGCUCCUCUGACGCCGGGACCCUUCUCAUGCUCUCGUUGUCCCCAGAACCCGAGCGCUCGCUCAGCCCGGAAUGGGCCAGACCCUGGCCCUCUUCCUCCUCCUCGACCUCCACAAACGUGGAGGUCUUCAACCAAGCUGAAGCAGGACCUGAAGAGUCCAAGAGCUGACAGCGGGAGAUUUUAGCGCAACAGUACCUUUUGGUUUCAGCUUCACUUGCAGCAAUGUUACUCUGAGAUAUUUAUAGGUUUUUUUGGGAAUGUAGGCCAUUCACGGAAGAGUGAACAUGAGUGGAAGAGUGUCUUCUACAAAAGAAUUGCUUUCUGUUAUGAAUAUAAACAUAAUAUUCAAUAGGUAACCUUCUGGACAGGCUUUUGUUGCAUGGAACCCAAAUGGAUGUGUAUUGCACUGACUGACGAACAGUUCGUGAAGUUUUCACUGCUCUUCCUCUCUGCUGUUCUGAAGCAAAAUAAGCACUCGCCAUCCCAGAGUUACUUGAAAGCGUCAAAAUAGACCAUUGUGUAAUGUUUCCAUCAGCCCACCCAUUUAUCGCACCAUACAUCACUUAUUUGUGGCCCAGUAUGAGUCACAGAUUCCUUCGGACAUGGUCACACAUUUGAAAAGGGUUUUCAAAUCAUACACCCUGCUAUGUUUUUCCUUCCUGGCUGGACGGUAAAAGGAAAUGGACUCUUUGCAGUGAUUAGGAAGGUUCUUUGUGUGCCGAUGGACUCUUUUAUCAUUCGCAGAGCACUGAUGAUUCACUCAAACCAAUACCUCAUACCAGUACAGUACUGUUCAUAAGCCAGGCAGAUCACGAAACAGGACGACUGGCAGCACUUCAGUGUGUGUGGAGGCUCGUUAGCAAAGAGCACGUUUGUUUGGGAUUCUUCCAUCUUUCUAAUACUUGAUGAGGAGGGUGAUGAAAGACAAUCAUUUCGAAGGAUAAAGAAAAUCAGAGGCGACUUCAAGCUGCUGUUCUCCUUCCACUGAAACGUUCAUACAUGCAGUUGCUGUUCUCAUGAAUGUGACUGUCCGUGUUGCUGUCAGAAUAGCAGUAGGGUUUUUGGGUCAUUAUUACUGUUUCAGUCUCUAAUAGCACAUACAUGUACUUGUACAGAUUUUAUAUCAAAGGGAGCUUCUCCAUUGUAGUUUCUCUAGCACCUCUCUGCUCCGUGUUUCCAAAUGCGAUACAAAUCAGUCAUUUACCCAGGUAUAGACCGACUGUUAUUUUUCAAGACUUGUUAUCUUUGUUCCAGAGGCAGUGGCUUGUUUAGGCCCACCUGAGCUGAGGCUGUUUGCAGUUUGCUAAUUCCCAUCAUGCUAUGGCUCUAUUGUUCUAACUUGUUGUCCUGUUUGUACUUGCUGUCAGUUUUCCGCAAUGAAAUCAAUGGAAGGUAGAUUGGCCUUUGAAUCAAAUCUAUACAGAAGUAGAGCUGAAGAAGAACACUCUGAAACGAGCUCAAACAACACUUACAAGUCAAAGAUGUGGCUUGCUUUCAAAAUCUGUUCAACUGUGAGCGUGUGUGUAUCUGUAUGGGUGAAUCUCACAAAAGCAUGUCCUGCUCACAAAAAAAAAAAAAAAAUAGAAAUCAUAUUUCGGAUGUAUGAAACUGAAACAAUAUUUUUUAUGACCAUUAACAUUUAAAAAAUGUUUUACUUGUUUUUUGUUUGUUUUUUCUUUCCUGUGAGCAAUUCCCAUUACUCUCAGUGAUGAUUCCCUUUAGAUUCUCAUUAAUGAAGUGCAAUAAAAAAUACUGUAAUACAAUAAUAUUAGUUUUUAAACUGGCAUAAAAUAAAAGCCAUUACAAUGAUUUAUAAAUAUUUUUAAUUGAAAUAAUUGAUAAUAUAUCAUUUUACAAUAUAGUAAAAAGAAGUUACAUUAUUUGAAUUGAAAAAAUAGGAAUCAUUUUAUGCAUUGAAGCAAAAUGUAAUUUCUUAUUUUGGAUUGUAUAUAUUUUAUUUGAUAUUUGCGUUGAAAUUUGUCCCAGACAUGGUUCUUGACAGUGAGAUUCCCGUUUAUGUGCAUCUUAGUCUGAGCACACUUGCCAUAGCAGUUUAUGUGAUCACAAAAGCUUUGAUAAAUGACAUUUGUUCAUGUCCGUGUGUCAACAGGCCUUUUAUUUACCGAUCAGUUGGCUGAUUACAGCUUGAGUUGAAGUACUUGAGGUUUAUUAUGCAGCAUACUUUUCCAAUAUUUUUUAAAACUGAUUUUGUACAUGUAUCAAUGCUACCACCUCGAGUUUGAGCAAGAGAAAUGUGAAGUUUGCGAGUGUGUGCGAGUGAGCGGUGCCUUGCACAGCAGCUACACCGUUACUGUGAACUAUUUAUGAACACAAAACCCUUUCAGAGUGCGUGUGUGUGCUUUAAUGUUAAAAACAUGAGCAGGCUCAUAGUAUACACACAGUCUCCACCUCUACAGACACAGCAAUACACUGUAUGUAAAUAUGUAUGUUGGUCAUAUAACAGAGUUUCUGGAAGUUCAUGGUACUUGCAUCUGAAAGUCGACUUGAAUCAGUUCCCCUGUCCUGUAGGAGAUGCUUGCCUGAAUGAUUUUUGGUUGAUUGAACGAGUCCCAACACUAUUUAAUCUUCCUUCUGUGGGCUGAAUAUAAAAACCGAGAGGAGAAAUAAGCCAGAAAGCUGUUAAGUGUCAUGAACCGUUACUUUGCAUCCUUCUUAAAUGUGCCCCAAGCCCUCCACCUCUCGCCCAAGUCUUUGCCAUUUUGUGUCUGAUGCCAUAUUGAGGUCAAAUGUGAGUCCGAGAUUACAGAUUAAAUGUUAUUGGUUGCCUGCAUUGUCUCGUGUCAUCAACAUCAAGUGCCUUACCCAGAAGCACUAGAGGCAUUGACUCCUAUUUGAUAAUGUUGCCAGUUAAGGCAGAGGCCAAGGGGUUACAUGGGCACAUUUUAAAGCUGGCAUACAUUUUCCUGUCAUACACUCCUACAUUUUAUUGUUGUAUUAGAGAAAAUAGAAAAGGAUCAUUUAUAUUUGGCAUUAUUUCCUUUUAAUUAAAGAGGAAGACACUGCAAACUCGUGAAAGAUUUGAUGCUAUUCAAGUAUGAAGUGAUAACCAAAGUCUUCAAUAUUAAAUGCCACAUUUGUUGAUGCUGUAGAUUCGAGCUUGGAUCUGCGCGGGAAAGGUUUUUGUUUUUUUUCCAGAAUGUUACACUGGUCUGUUCCCAAAUCAUCCACUGACUUUCCUCUAGUUGGUUAUUGAGCCUCUUUUUUUUGUCAAAUAGCAAUGCUGUUAAAUUGCGAUGCUCACCAAAUAGGGCACGCUCGCUCCUCAUCCAGUCACCAUUUUUAUCGCUAUUAAGUAUGCAGUAAUUUUGUCCUUUGUACUGCAGACUUGCUGUAGUUUCAAUGCAUAUUGCACUUUGUACAUUUUGUUGAUGAUGUACUGUAUGUGUUUAUUAUGGGAAUAAACGUUUUCUUUCAGUCUU